CACACCCCAGGCCCCCCAGCUCGGGGACCCGACCCGAAACAGUCUUUACCACCUACCCGCGGAACUACACUUCCCAGCAGGCGCUGGAGCAGCGACCACAGCUCCCGAUGUGCCCUUGGGCGCCGCUCGCCCCCGGCAUUAACCCCGCAGUGGCUGCGGGCUGGCGGGAGCGGCGCGGGGCGCGGGUAGCCUGCGGCUGGGCCCGGGGCCGGGGUGUGUGUGUGUGUAGCAGAGCUGAGGAGGGGACGGGAUUGGGGGCCUUGGGGAAGAAGGGAGCCAGGGUUAACGCAGGACAGGCAGCGGGGGUGGAGGAUGCGGGUAGGUGGGAGGCAAGCCAGAGAGCGUCCGCCUCUCGGGAAAUCAGGAACCUGGAAAGUUCACCUUUCCCGGCAGAACGAACCCUUUCGGGUGUAAGGCCCGGGGCGGCGCUCAGGUUGCGAGUUGGGGAGGGCAAAGGCGUUUUCCUUAGCUAAGUGCCCCCCACUGCCCAACACAUACCUUCGCCUUCGAUCUGGCAGAGAGGAAAUUGGCAAACUCUCCUCCCUCUGCCAGGUGGGAACCAGCGAGGGUGAGGAAGGGGAGGACGCCUCUCUCGGCCCUGGAGGAGCGCUGACCUGGGCGUUUCCUAUUCCCCCCUGGACCAUGGGCUGGAGCUUGGGGAGCCCUUCCUGGCGCCCCAUCCUCCUCCCUCGAAGUCGUGUGUACCUGACUCCAGCGCUGAUGUACCUGGAGACGCCUGCAUUCCCUCUUCCUUGUCCUCACUACGGUCCUGACCAGUGGGGUGGUGGCAGGCUCCUCCACACUGCCGGCUGAGCCUCUGAGCAACUGUGUUCCCAGCUCUUAUCUUCCAGGCUCAUUUCCUCAGUCAUUGUGACCACUGACGCAGGCCCGAUUCCAAGCGGUGGGGCGAUGAACAAGCAGAGCUUCCACUUUGGGGUGGGAGUGGAGGUAGAGGCAGAGAAGAGACAAUAAAAUAAUUUCAGGUUCUGGGAGGGCCACGAAGAAAGGAAAACAUGUAGGGAGACAACGGGGAAGGAUGCUGCCUUGGAUAGGGUGGUCAGGGAGGGCCUCUCUCAAGUGUCCCCAGACAGAAGGGGACAGCAGGUGCAAAGGCACGGGGGCAAGAAGAGCAGUGUGCUUGGAGGAAGGGAGUCGGGGGGAGCGCGGGAGGAAAUGAGUUGACAGCAUGGACCGGGGAAGGAUUUGGACUUUAUUCUCAAAUCAGGAAGGGUUCAUGGAAGCCCAUGGAAAGUGUUCAUGAGCAAGACAGCCACGUUUGCCUAGCCUGAGUUCCCCAGUGUCCUGGGCUUUCUCAGCAUUUUCGGUGUUGAGGGUGGGAGGGUUGUGGAGGUGGGGCUGUGACUGAGCCAGCUGAUUUCCUGCCAAUCCCGGUUAACCGUGGCACCCUCCGACCCUCUGGGCUCUCCUCUGAAAACUGGGAGUGAUCAUUGCUACCUCACUGGAUGCACACCUGGCCCAACCUGCUGUCAUCCUCCCCCACAGGGCCUGGCCACCCCUCCCACAGAAUGCCUGAGGGCCCUGAGCUGCACCUGGCCAGCCACUUUGUGAACGAGGCAUGCAGGGAGCUGGUGUUUGGCGGGUGUGUGGAGAAGUCACUUGUCAGCCACAACCCUGAGGUGCCCUUUGCGAGCAGCGCCUACCGCAUCUCAGCCAUAGCCCGAGGCAAGGAGCUGCGCCUGACCCUGAGCCCCCUGCCUGGGGCCCAGCCCCCACGGGAGCCACUGGCCCUUGUCUUCCGCUUUGGCAUGACCGGCUCCUUCCAGCUGGUGCCCAGCGAUGCGCUGCCACCCCAUGCCCAUCUGCGCUUUUACACGGCUCCACCUGGCCCCCGACUCGCCCUCUGCUUCGUGGACAUCCGCCGCUUCGGCCGCUGGGACCUCGGGGGCACGUGGCAACCAGGCCGCGGGCCAUGUGUCUUGCUGGAGUACGAGCAGUUCAGGGAGAACGUGUUACGAAACCUAGCAGACAAGGCCUUUGACCGGCCCAUCUGUGAGGCCCUCUUGGACCAGAGGUUCUUCAAUGGCAUUGGCAACUACCUGCGGGCAGAGAUCCUAUACCGGCUGAGGAUACCACCCUUCGAGAAGGCCCGCUCGGUUCUGGAGGCACUGCAGCAGCGCAGGCCGGUGAGGGUGCAGGGAGGGACGUGCACACACCUGUCAGUGCAGGCUGACAAGGGUCUGGGGUGGGUCAGGUGUCUCCAGCUUAGCACAGGCAGAUCCCUUCUCAGCUUCCAGCCUGUUUCCCUGUCUCUACAAUGCGUGUGUGGGGGAGGUGCUGGGGGGCAGACGAACUGUCUGAGUCCUGCCAAGCUCAGAAGGGGUCUGUUCCCCAAGGGGUCAGCUGCCUUCAGAGUGGCCCUGCCUCAUGCUGUCAUCCAGGUCCUACCCCUGCCCCUUCUCCAGAGCCCGGAGCUGACCCUGAGCCAGAAGAUCAGGGCCAAGCUGCAGAACCCGGACCUGCUGGAGCUGUGCCACUUGGUGCCCAAGGAAGUGAUCCAGCUGGGGGGCAAAGGCUACGGGCCGGAGAGCGGGGAGGAGGACUUUGCUGCCUUCCAAGCCUGGUUGCGGUGUUAUGGCAUGCCAGGCAUGAGCUCCCUGCGGGACCGGCAUAACCGCACCAUCUGGUUCCAGGACCCUCCACCUCCAAACAAGGCCCCUGCAAGGACACGAAGGGCACGGAGAAGCCUUCCUGAGCAAAUUACAGCCCAGCAGCUGGAGGGGACCAGCCUCCAACAGGACCCAGAAGCCCCCCCAGUCCCUGAGAAAGGGAAAAGGAGGAGAAGGCAACCGGCAACCUCAGGCCGCCGCAGACCCCAAAAGAUCAAGGCUGACACCCCAUCCCUGGAGCCUGAGGGCACCUCUGCCUCUUAGCAGGAGGGUCUCCUUGCUUGCAUCCACCCCUUCCUGCUGCCCUGAAUCUGGGCCUGUGUGACGUCCUGGAAGUUGCAGGGGACUGGAUGCCCCUGACGCUGUGGCCAUUCCCUACACAACCAUGAUGUUUUUAAUUGUACCCAUUGUCCCUGUUUUUUAAGCCCACUUGAAAAAUGCUGUAAUUUUUAGUAAACUGAUAACUUGAA